UAAGUUGAAACCCGAGGAUGUUGGUUUAACCCGAUAGGAAUCCUGGGGCAAGAAAACGUUCAAAUAUCCAAAUUCAUCUCACAAACUUGUUCACAAUGAUUAACCCAAGACGAUGGCCACGACCAUAAUUCAGUGGAGAUUGCAUUCCAGUUGUUACCCUCUUCGAAAACUCCCAUCUUAUCAUAACAACUAUAACUCGCGUCCCGCAAACCAUCGUAUAAUCUGUUGCGCUCUCAAUACAGAAGAUAAGGAUGGCUUGACCUCUUACAAGGAGGGACUUAAAGAUGUUUCCAGAAAAGAGGCGCUGCGGAGACUUGAUCUUGAGCUGGAACGUGGCAACGAGAAAGAGGCUCUUGCGAUUGUUACUUCUUUACAGGGGAAACCCUCUGGCCUUCGUGGCUUUGGUGGUGCAUCGCAGGUACCCCAAAGACUAUACACAUUGGAGGAACUGAGAUUGAACAAAAUAGAUACAAGAAGUCUUCUCUCACCUGUCGACACAACACUGGGUGCUGUAAGAAGGAACAUACAAAUCACGGCUAUUGCUGGAUAUGUAGCUGCAUGGCGUCUUUUCAACUUAGAUCAAUUCCAGUUAUUGUCUAUUGUAUUGGCAUUGCUAGCCCUUGGAACCAUAGAUCUCGUUAUAUAUGGUGGAGGUGUGGAAUCUCUGAUAAUUGAUACAAUUGGACGCAUGCUCAGUAAAAAGUACAGAGAUAGAGUUGCCCAACACGAAGCAGGGCAUUUCUUGAUAGCUUAUCUGCUUGGCAUUCUUUCGAAGGGAUAUACAUUAUCUAAUUUGGAUGCAUUUAAGAAAAAUGGGUCUCUUAACGUCCAGGCAGGGACAGCUUUUGUGGAUUUCCAGUUUCUCGAAGAAGUCAAGUCAGGAAAACUAUCAUCCGGGACAUUGAGCAAAUAUUCUUGCAUUGCAUUAGCUGGCGUGGCCACGGAAUAUUUACUCUUUGGUUUAUCGGAGGGAGGUCUUACUGAUAUACAACAGCUUGAUAACUUAUUUAAAAGUUUGAGCUUCACUCAAAAGAAAUCAGAUUCUCAAGUACGUUGGGCAGUUCUAAACACAGUAACACUUCUGCGCCGCCAUGAACAAGUUCGAUGCAAACUUGCAGAAGCCAUGGCCUUUGGGAAGUCUGUCGGUGAAUGCAUUGAUACAAUUGAAAAUGAACUUACAAAUGUUAGUGAUAUAUAGUGGCAAUGAGCCAUCUUAAUAUUCUCUUCUUGUUUGCCAUGGCCUUUAGUAAGUCUAUUGGUGAAUGCAUUGAUACAAUUGAAAAUUAAUUUAUAAAUGCCAUCGAUAUAUAUUGGUGAUGAGCCAUCUAAAUAUUCUCUUGUUUAUUUACAAAUUUUCAAGUUUUGGCAGUAUUGGCUAAUUCAAUAAACAUAUGAUAUCGGUUCUCUUGGUUUGGACUGGCAAUAUUGAUCCAAUGUCAAGUUUCAUGAAUAUGUCUCAAUCA